GCGAAACUUGGGCUCAAGGCAUACACUUAUGAUGUACGGGAAUUAAUUAUUGGAGAGUUAAUCAAACGUCACAGAAACUACAAUAUUGAAAUAUGCAAUGAAUUUGAAGCUCUGAAAGAACGAGCCUUGAGCACCCCGAAAAAUACUAAAGAUUUGUUAGCCUUAGGUGAAUACAUGAUAUAUGCUGCAACAACAUUAAUGGAAUAUCUCAAGGAAAGAAUAACUACAUCGUUGCACAUGCUAGCAGCGUUAAUUGAAAUGACUUCGCUUGCUCGAGAUCACAUAGAGUUAAACAAUGUUACAAUUAACUGGUUGAAACGUGUGAAGCUAAUAUUUGAACAAAACAGUUCCAUGUUUGAGCAGAUGAAAUUCGAUGCAGAAGAAAAAUUACAAAAACGAGUCAGCCUUUUGAAUACCGAUGUCGACCUUAUGUUUCCAAGAUUGGUAAUAAUGGAUGAUAUGGAUGACGCCAGUCGUGUACAUGAAUACAUGGAAGAUCUACGAAAACUUGUGCGGGGGUUGGAUCGUAUGGAUGAGCAAGUUGAAUGGAUCAAUAAUGAAGAGCAACUCUUCCAAUUUCCCCGCACGUCGUAUCCACGUGUUAAGGAGUUGAAAGACAUAAUACUUCCAUACUAUAUGCUCAUGUACAGGGCUCACCAAUGGCAGCGAGAUGUUGGUGUUUGGUUGGAUGGUCCAUUUGAAUACCUCGACUCAAAUGUAAUAGAAAGCAAGACAACGGACUACUUUACCGACUUUACAAAAAUCAACAAAACUUAUAAGACUAAAAUCAAAAUGCAAAUUGCUAUAAAUUACCAAUACAGAUUUGCUGGGUCAGCAGAUGACCCUGAUCCAAUGCAGCAGCCAGCACCUAAUAAACUCUGUUACCAAUUACUGGAGGAUGUCAAAUGGUUCAAGAGUUAUGUUCCACUUGCGUCGUGCUUCUGUAAUCCUACAUUGCGGCAACGGCACUGGAACGAUAUGUCAGAUAUUGCAGGAUUUGAUUUAACUCCAAACGCUGGUACUUCCCUACGCAAGAUGAUUAAUAUGAAUCUUUUAGGUGAUCUCUCCAAAUAUGAAAUAAUAACUACAAGUGCAACAAAAGAGUUAGCAUUGCAAGAGUUACUCGCUAAAAUGACACAGGAUUGGGAUGACGUCAUUUUCUCAAUAACGAGAUUUAAAGAUUCUGGAGUUGACAUUUUAACAGGGCUCGAUGACAUUCAAGCUUUGCUCGAAGAACACAUCGCAAAGACUCAAGCAAUGCGUGGUUCUGCAUUUGCAAAGCCAAUUGAAGCCGAAGUUAAAGUUUUCUAUGAUUUGAUUCUCAGAAUUCAAAAGACCAUAGAUGAAUGGACAAAGGUCCAAGUGCAGUGGAUGUACCUACUGCCGAUAUUUUCAAGUAAGGAUAUAGUUGAACAGCUGCCAGAAGAAGGAAUACUCUUUUCCGAGGUAGACGGAACGUUCCGGAGGGCUAUGCUGAAUGUGGCCAAGGAACCUCAUGUCAGAGAAAUGGCAGGCUCAUUUGGACUUUAUGAAGCUAUGAAAGAAGCAAACGAACAAAUGGAUAAAGUUAAUGAAGGUGUAACAAACUAUCUUGAAAAGAAGAGAUUAUUCUUUCCUAGAUUCUUUUUUCUCUCGAACGACGAUAUGCUCGAAAUUCUCUCUGAAACCAAGGAUCCUUUACGUGUGCAACCUCAUUUAAGAAAGUGUUUCGAAGGAAUUGCCAAACUAGGCUUUAAUGCAGAUUUGGAGAUAUAUUCGAUGAUUAGUGACGACAAGGAAGAAAUAAAAGUUCAAGAGAUCAUCUCUACAGCCGCUGCCAGGGGAUGCGUAGAGAGAUGGCUAAUUCAAGUUGAGGAACAAAUGGUGACAUCAAUAAGACAUGAAGUAUUUAUGAGUAUCUUGGACUAUGAAGUGAAUGAUCGAGUUUACUGGGUACGAGUCUGGCCAGGAAUGGUAGUUCUCUGCGUCUCGCAGAUAUAUUGGAGUAUGGAAGUACAAAACUGUUUAAUGACUCAUCGAGUUUCAUCAAUGGAAUCUCUUUACGAGAAGUUGAAAGUACAGAUUAUUGACAUGGUAAACUUGGUAAAGGGACAAUUGUCCAAGCAAAAUCGAACAACUUUAUCAGCAUUAAUCACAAUCGACGUUCAUGCGCAAGAUGUUGUUAAGCUACUUAUCGAAAAAAAAAUUGUAUUAGAAAUGGACUUUGAAUGGCUUGCGCAGUUAAGAUAUUACUGGGAAGAUGAUGUACAAGUGAGAAUCAUAAAUGCGACAGUAAGAUAUGCCUACGAGUAUCUUGGUAACUGCCCUCGACUGGUUAUUACACCACUUACUGACAGGUGUUAUCGCACAUUGAUCGGAGCAUAUGCUUUGCAUCUAAAUGGUGCUCCAGAAGGUCCUGCUGGAACAGGAAAAACUGAAACAACAAAAGACCUAGGACGAGCCAUCGCUGUGCAAUGCGUAGUAUUUAAUUGCUCCGAUGGUUUGGAUUACAAAAAUAUGGGAAAAUUUUUCAAGGGGUUAUCGUCCUGUGGAGCAUGGGCAUGCUUUGAUGAGUUCAACAGAAUUGAGCUAGAAGUAUUGUCUGUUGUAGCACAACAGAUUUUAUGCAUCAUUCAAGCAGUACGUGCCAAAUCAGAAAAGUUUAUUUUUGAAGGGACUGAGUUAAGACUGAAUCCAUCAGUCUAUGUUUGCAUCACCAUGAACCCCGGUUAUGCCGGGCGAUCCGAACUUCCUGACAAUUUGAAAGUUUUAUUCAGAACAGUGGCUAUGAUGGUACCAGAUUAUGCCAUGAUUGGUGAGAUUUCACUCUAUUCAAGUGGCUUUAGUACAGCAAGAGUAUUGUCUGUAAAGAUUGUAACAACUUAUAAGCUUUGCUCUGAGCAGUUGUCAUCCCAGUCACAUUACGACUAUGGCAUGCGAGCUGUGAAAACAGUUCUGACAGCAGCACAGAAUAUUAAAUUGAAGUUCCCUAACGAAGACGAAAUGGUACUUUUAUUAAGGUCAAUUAUAGACGUAAAUUUGCCAAAGUUUCUGGCACACGAUGUACCACUGUUUCAAGGAAUAAUCAUGGAUUUAUUCCCAGGAAUUACGUUGCCAACACCAAACUACGAAGUAUUUUUAAAUGCUGUAACAGAAAUCUGUGUGAAAAUGAAUUUACAACCAGUUGAUGCAUUCCUACUAAAAAUCAUUCAGACAUACGAAAUGAUGAUAGUACGGCAUGGUUUCAUGCUUGUUGGUGAUCCUUUUGGCGGUAAAACCUCUGCCUUACAUUGUUUAGCCGAUACACUAACAUUAAUGCACAAAUGGGGGGACGAAAAUGGUCUUCCAACACAGUACAGGACAAUGAAUCCGAAAUCCAUAACAAUGGGUCAGUUAUAUGGCCAAUUUGAUCCAGUUUCAUCAGAAUGGACUGACGGAGUUUGUGCAGUUGCAUUUCGCCAAUUCGUUGCGGAAGAUUCUCCAGAUAGAAAAUGGUUGAUCUUCGAUGGUCCGGUAGACGCGGUUUGGAUCGAAAACUUGAAUACUGUCUUAGAUGACAACAAAAAACUAUGCCUCACAUCAGGAGAAGUAAUGCAAAUGACUUCUACAAUGUCAAUGAUUUUUGAAGUGAUGGAUUUACUACAAGCAUCACCUGCAACUGUAUCUCGAUGCGGAAUGAUCUACAUUGAACCUCAUGUUAUGGGCUGGCGACCAUUUCUUAAAUCUUGGAUGAACAAGAUAAACGUAAACUGGAGUCAAGGCAAUGAGGAAAUUCUAAAUGCCUUGUUCGAUUGGCUUAUGGACCCAUGUCUAGAUUUUAUUAGAAAAAAAUGUAAACUUGCAACAAGUGCAGGACAAAUUAAUCAAUUGGUUUCAACGAUAACUUUAUUCGAAAUGUACAUGGAUGAUGCUGUGGAAGCCAAUCCAACGGAUUAUUCUACGUACAUUGUUCCAUGGCUACAAGCAACUAUGAUGCAGGCAAUGGUAUGGGGAGCUGGAGGUGCCUUAGAUUAUGAUUCCCGAUGCAAGUUCAACGAUUUUUAUAUAUCAUUUUGGGACCGGUCUAACUUAGAUUAUCCAUUACCGGAAGGAGUGGGUGAUCUUGUCAUUUCAAUUCCUGGUGAAGGAUUAAUACACGACAACUACUAUACAUACAAAGGAAAAGGUGCCUGGAAAUACUUUGGUGAAAUGGCAAAAAGUGCUAAAUUAUUGGAAACACAGAGCAUUGGUCAAAUGGUGGUGCCAACAAUUGACACAGUCAAAUAUCAAAUGUUAUUUCUCCGGCAUAUUAAACAUCGCAAAAGAUUCCUGGUCUAUGGGGAGACAGGUACUGGUAAAAGUUUUUACAUUCAAGAUUUACUGAUGAAUAAGUUAGACGAAGAUUCCUUUUUGCCCAACUUCAUAACUUUUACUCCAAAAACGACUGCAAACCAAACUCAGGAACUUGUGAUUUCAAAAUUAUUCAAAAGACGGAAAGGCCACUACGGACCUAUGGGUGGAGCAUACUGUAUUGUAUUUGUAGAUGAUGUCAACAUGCCUACCAAGGAAAUUUAUGGAGCGCAACCAGCCAUUGAACUAUUGAGACAGUUUUUCGAUCAUGAACAUUGGUACGAUUUGAAAGAGCCUGAAAAAAUCCAAGUGUUCGAUACCAUGUUCCUCGCAGCUAUGGCCCCACCAGGCGGCAGCCGACAAGAUAUAUACCACAGGUUCUUGAGACACUUCAAUUUAUACACCAUCAGUACAUUUUCAAGAGAAAGCAUUUUCAGAAUAUUUUCGAAUGUGGCACUUGUUGGAUUGAAAAGGAAUGGUUUUGCAUCUGAUAUUGUGAUGACAGUAUCGCUAUUAGUCAAUGCUACAAUGGAGAUUUUUGAAGCUGCUAGUGCCAGUCUCAGGCCAACCCCUGCAAAAUCGCACUAUUUGUUUAAUUUGAGGGACUUCUCUAGAGUCAUAACAGGAUGUGCUCUGAUAAAGAAAGAAUCAGUUGAAUCCAAGGUCACGUUUGUUAGAAUUUGGGUGCAUGAGAUUUUAAGAGUCUUUGGAGACAGACUUAUCGACAAAAACGAUCAUAACUGGUUGUUUGAAAAGAUCAAGGAAGUAGUCCCUAGUAUUCUAAGGGAGUCCUUUGAUAAUGUAUUUGGUCACUUACCCAAAUUUAACGAUGAACUGACAGAGGAAAGUCUACAUGAUUUAAUAUUUGGAAAUUUUAUGGACCUUGAUGCUACACCAGAUGAUAAACGAUAUGAAGAAAUUUCAUCGAUAGAAGAGUACAAGAAUGUCGCGCUUCUUUGUCUAGAAGAAUAUAAUGCUACACACAAAAGUAAAAUAGAUAUUGUGCUGUUCCGCUAUGCUUUGGAACAUUUGGCACGUAUUUGUCGCAUAUUGGCCAUUCCUUGCGGAAGUUUGUUGAUGGUCGGCGUUGGCGGUUCAGGAAGACAAUCGUUGACUAGACUUGCCUCUGGAAUAGGAGGUCAUGGAUUAUUCCAACCAGAAAUUGGGGUUGCUUAUGGCAUGAAUGAGUGGCGCGAAGAUAUAAAAAAGGUUCUCAAAAAUUCUGGCGGUACUGGCAAAGAUUUAGUCUUUCUAUUCACUGAAAAUCAAAUUAAAGAAGAGGGAUUCCUAGGAGACAUCGAUGGUUUAUUGAACUCUGGUGAGGUGCCUAAUUUAUUUACAAUAGAAGAAAAACAAGAAAUUAUUGAAAUGACUCGUUUAGCCGCUCAGGGUGGGAAUAGAAAUUUAGAUGUCAGUGUUUUAUCAGUAUUGGCAUACUUCGUAAACCGCUGCAAAGAAAAAUUGCACAUCAUGCUAUGUUUUAGUCCAAUUGGCGAUGCGUUUAGAAUUAGAUUACGUUUAUACCCGAGCUUAGUAAACUGUUGUACCAUUGACUGGUUUGAAAUGUGGCCAGAAGAUGCACUUGAACAAGUGGCGGCACGCUACAUGACAUACAUCGAUAUCAAUGAACGAAUAAAAGUUGAUUCUGUCGUGGCUUGCAAAUACUUUCAUAAGUGUGCAAAGGAAAAUAGUGCACAAUUUUAUUCAGCUUGCGGAAGGAAAACUUACAUAACGUCUGCAGCAUUUUUGGAUCUAAUCCAAUCAUUUGCUGAUCUUAUGACACAAAAACAAGUAGAAAUAUCUCUUGCAAGAGAUCGUUAUCUCGGCGGCUUGGAUAAAUUAGAUUUUGCUGCCUCUCAAGUUACAAAAAUGGGGACUACUCUACUGGCGUUGAAGCCACAGUUAGAAGCCUCUGCAAAAUUAACUGCAAAAACAAUGCAGCAAAUUGAAAGUGAAAACAUAACUGUUGAACACGCUACCAUGCUGGUGAAAAAAGAUGAAGAUGCAGCAAAUAUUCAAGCAGAAAUUGCUGGUGCUUUGAAAACGGAAUGUGAAGCUGAUCUAGCGGAAGCUCUUCCCAUACUUGCAGAAGCCACAGCCGCUUUGAAUACCAUCAAGCCAAAUGAUAUAACAAUAGUAAAAACAAUGAAAAAUCCUCCUGAAGUAAUCAAGUUGGUACUUGCUGCCGUUUGUGUCAUGAUGGCCAUUACUCCAGAUAGAAUAAAUGAUCCAGUAACGCAUCGAAUGGUCUCAGACUACUGGGGACCAAGUAAGCGACUGCUUGGUGACAUGAAUUUUUUAGCCAGACUAAAGGACUAUGAUAGAGACAACAUUCCUGUAUCCAUAAUGCAGGUGAUCAAAAAGACAUAUAUGACGGAUAAGAAUUUUGAACCAAAGAAAGUAGCAAAAGCAUCAUCAGCUGCCGAGGGACUUUGCAAAUGGGUACGAGCUAUGGUUUUAUAUGAUGAGGUAGCAAAAGUCGUUGCACCUAAGAAGGCAAAAUUGGCGAUAGCUGAAAAGGAGUACAAUGAAACCAUGGAAUUCUUAAAAGGAAGACGACAGAUGUUAGCAGAACUCGAUGCAAAACUGGCACUUUUGAAUGAAAAUCUAAAACGAACACUAGCUAUGAAAAUUGAUCUGGAAAAUCAGGUAACGGAUUGCACAAAUAAGCUGAUCAGAUCAGAAAAACUCCUUAGCGGCUUGGGGGGAGAAAAAGGUCGUUGGAUAGAAUGUGCAGCAAAUUUACAAAAGGCUUAUGAUAGCUUAGCUGGCGACAUAUUGAUAUCUUGUGGAAUGAUCGCUUAUUUAGGCCCAUUUACAACUUCCUAUCGAGUGGAAAAUUUAGAGAAAUGGCGUAGCUAUGUCAAGAGUUUAGAUAUUCCCACUUCAGAUAUGUAUACCUUUGUUGGAGUCUUGGGCUCGGAGAUUAAAAUCAACUCGUGGAAUAUCCACGGUCUUCCAAGGGAUUCUUUUUCAACUGAGAAUGCAAUUAUCAUGGAUAAUUCCAAAAGAUGGAGUUUAUUCAUCGACCCACAGAGUCAAGCAAACAAGUGGAUCAGAGCUAUGGAAAAGUUCAAUCAAUUGGAAAUAAUAAAGUUGUCGGAUCUAACUUAUAUGAACGUGCUCGAACGAUGCAUUGAAACUGGUAAACCAGUUUUACUAGAAAAUGUUGGCGAAGAGUUAUCAACUCCAUUGGAUCCUAUUCUUAUGAAAAACAUCUACAAAUUUUCUGGCGUUUGGUAUAUUACGCUUGGUGAAAAGUCGGUUGAAUACGACUUGAAAUUUAGAUUUUACAUAACAACGAAGUUGAGAAAUCCCCAUUAUUUGCCAGAAGUAUUUAACAAAGUGACAUUGAUUAACUUUGCGUUAACGAUUGAAGGAUUGGAGGAUCAGCUGUUAGGUAUUGUAGUUGCUAAAGAAAGAGCUGAUCUCCAGAAAAAAAAGGAAUACUUGAUUGUUGAAAGUGCAGCUAAUAAAAAAGCCUUGCAACAAGUAGAAGAAAGUAUUUUGAAGACAUUGUCAUCAUCCGGCGCCAAUAUCUUAGAAGACGAAGAGGCUAUAGAGAUAUUAGAUUCGUCGAAAAUUUUAUCAGUAGAUAUAAUGAAAAAACAAAAAGCCUCGAAGGAAACAGAAGCUAAGAUUGAAGUCUCCCGUCAAAGUUACAGACCAAUAGCUAAGCACAGCUCAGCGCUAUAUUAUACAGUUACCGAUUUGCCCAGUGUUGAUCCAAUGUAUCAAUACUCGCUUGCUUGGUUCAUAAAUCUAUAUAUAAUGUCUAUAGAGACUGCAAGUAAAAGCAAGGUCCUAGAAAAAAGAUUAAUGUUUUUACGAGAAACAUUCACUUAUAAUCUAUAUCAAAAUGUGUGCCGUUCUUUAUUUGAGAAGGACAAGAUUCUGUACUCGUUUGUGUUGUAUUCGACUAUUAUGGUGGCAACAAAUGAAAUUGACAAAGAAGAAUUGAGCUUUUUCUUAUCUGGCGGAAUAGGACUUGCCAAUACCAUUAAGAAUCCAGCAGCCAGCUGGUUGAUGGAGAAGUCUUGGGAUGAAAUAUGCAGAGCUAAUGAUACUUUGUCAUCAUUUGAAGGAUUUAUGAGUGACUUUCGUACUCAUCUAACAUCUUGGCAAAAGUUUUACGACUUGAUGAAUCCACAAGAUGCUCCAAUACCACAGCCGUGGGAAAAUAAACUAACACCGUUCCAAAAAUUGAUCGUGAUGCGAAUGAUCAGACCAGAUAAAGUCACUGCCAAGAUAACACAAUUUGUGGAUACAGGAAUGGGGACUAAAUUUGUAACGCCACCGCCAUUUGACAUUGCUAAAUCAUAUAGUGAUUCAAAUUCACUGAUACCAUUGAUAUUUGUUCUAUCUGCUGGUUCUGAUCCCAUGGGAUCUCUUUCGAAAUUUGCAGAAAAUAUGAAUUAUGCUUCUCGAUUCAGUUCCAUAUCUUUAGGUCAGGGUCAAGGGCCGAUAGCGCAGCGCAUUAUAGAACAAGGUCAAAACGAAGGCAUGUGGGUUUGUUUACAAAAUUGCCAUCUAGCUGUUUCUUGGAUGCCUCAGCUGGAAAAGAUUUGCGAGAACUUUGAUCCAACAAAUACAUCAAUCAAUUUCCGUCUCUGGUUAACGAGCUAUCCUUCUGAUAAGUUUCCCAUAACAGUCUUACAAAAUGGUGUGAAAAUGACCAAUGAACCUCCAAGUGGACUACAACAGAAUCUUAUGAGAUCUUACUUAUCGGAGCCCGUUAAAGAUCCAGAGUUCUUUAGAGGUUGCCCUGGAAAGGAAAAGGAAUUCACGAAACUAUUGUAUGGCCUAUGUUUUUUCCAUGCUGUUGUUCAAGAAAGAAGGAAAUUUGGCGCUCAGGGAUGGAAUAUCAAAUAUGGAUUCAAUGAGUCAGAUUUCCAAAUAUCAGUACAACAGUUGCAAAUUUUUAUAAACGAGUAUGACGAAGUCCCAUUCAAAGCUAUCAUAUACUUAACCGGUGAAUGUAAUUAUGGUGGAAGGGUGACGGAUGAUCGAGAUAGGAGAUGCUUGAAUACUAUUUUGAAUGACUUUUAUAAUCCAAGAGUGAUAACAGAUCCUAAUUACACGUUUGCUAAUAUUGGACCGGAAUAUGUAUUACCACGAAAAGUCAAUUACCAAGAUUAUGUGAAACAGAUCGAAGAAAUUCCGCCUAUUUCACCACCCGAGGUAUUUGGUUUGCACAUGAAUGCAGGGAUUACCCGAGAUCUUGAAGUGUCAAAAGAUUUCUUUACUGCGUUGAUACAAAUUCAAGGAACUGUAUCAGUUGGCGACACAGCUAAACAAGAUGAAAUGAUAUUGUUUAUAAAAAAAGACAUUUAUGACCGUUUACCUGAAUUAUUUGACAUUGAAGAAGCUCAAAAGAAAUAUCCAGUAUCUUACUACGAGUCAAUGAAUACUGUUUUGAUACAAGAAAUGGAAAGAUAUAACAAACUGCUCAAAGAGAUUCGUGUCUCACUGACCAUGUUAGAAAAAGCAGUGAACGGGAUGAUAGUUAUGACACCAGAGCUCGAGGUCGUCUCUAGACAAAUUUUGAUAGGUAAAGUUCCUACGUGUUGGGAAAAAGCUAGCGCAUACCCCAGCCUUAAGCCUUUGUCUAGUUUUGUGAAUGAUUUUUUGGAAAGAAUACAAUUUUUUCAACAAUGGUUGGACAAUGGAAAACCUGCUGCUUUCUGGAUAUCUGGAUUUUCGUUUGCACAUGGAUUUUUAACCGGGGCGAGUCAAAACUAUGCCAGAAAGCAUAAAGUCUCUAUCGACAGGAUCGAGUUUGAUUUCGAGGUAUUACCAUCUUACGAAGUAAAAUCUGCACCAAGUGACGGUGUUUACGUAUAUGGCAUGUUCUUAGCCGGAGCAAGAUGGGAUAUUGGAAAAAUGAUCUUGGCAGAAAGUUUUCCAAAAGUUCUAUUCAAUGCGCUCCCUCUUGUUUGGUUCAAGCCAUGCGAAGCUUCAAAACGAGUAACAGGGUCUCGGUACUUGUGUCCCCUGUAUAUAACUUCUGCCCGUUUCGGAGUGCUCAGAACAACCGGCCAUUCUACCAACUACGUACUGUCUAUUCUAUUGAAUACUCAGGAACCCGUUAGUCAUUGGAUCAAAAGAGGACUUGCCUUGCUUUGCCAGCUUGAUGAUUGAAGCUCCUUCCAUUGCUGCGACAAAAUGAGAGAAUGGAAUUGAUCUUCCGGACUCUUUUCUUCUUCAGA